AUGGCUCUGCGUCAAGAGGAGUCUCCGUCAGAACCUGGAUCCGAGGCCGCGCGGCGGUCGCCAGCAGCACAACACGAUCGGGUCAUCAGCGUGGAAUCCGCCUCGCACAAUCUCCGCCGGGACAGGCGGAUGCUCUUCACCGAUCGUCCACCUGCAUCCAGACCCGAUCCCGACCUCCCACCCUCGUACGAGGACACCCAGACGCAGCCACUCUCAUCGCACGCGGAGUUCGUCUUGAAUGCCGAGUCUCCGUCAGAGUCAAGACCGCAGACGGCCGGCAGGCCACAAGGAGCCGAUGGGAGAGACCAGAUCUUCGCAGUUGAAUCUAUCUCGCACCAACCGCGCUAGAGAAGGCAGAGGAGUCUCCUGCAUCACACACCCGCAAGGACUGAACGUUUUCUACUGGCGUCGUCCGAGGAUGCCCAGUCACUACCGCCACUUCCGUUGCAAACAUCCCUAUUCCAACGAGACA